AUGGAAAACCAGCGUUUGGAGGUGCCCGCGCGUGAUUCAUCAUCAUUUGCCAAAUCCCAGCUAUCUGGCUUGUUGCCCCAGUUUCUGACCCAUGGUAUUUCAACUCCCAACCCAAAAGAGCUCCGACCCGAGGUACCUCUUCAGAUCCCAUUCCAUCCUUUUCUCCAAAAGAUCCGUUUUUCUCGUUUGCCAGAAAUCGACCCCUUUCUUGAUUACCGGAGAACGGGAGUUUGGCAGGCCUCGUGGGUGAUCCACCAUUGGAAGAAUUGGGAAUUGGAGACCAAACUUCAGAGCCGGUAUUUAUCCUUUCUCGGAAAAGUACCCCAAUAUGGAUUAUCGGAAAACCUCACUUCUCGACUGACGAUAGAUAUGACCUCGCAGAUUGACUUCCAACAACGGCAGCUUUUGGGUAACAACCACGUCCUCAGCCGGUAA